UUUUGAACUCUCUCUUUCGAGAAGGAUGGAUCGAAAAAGUCUUCUGCAGACAUUUGCGCUGUCGUACCUCCUGUUCUUUCAGGUUGUGAUCGGCACAGAUGAACCAAGCGAAAGUGAGAUGAGGAAGAAGUGCUGUCCAGUAAUAGCAGGCCCAGCAGGUCGAGAUGGAUUACCGGGACGAGAUGGAGCACCAGGACGGGAUGGACUACCGGGACGGGAUGGUGCACCUGGACCCAAGGGGGACGUGGGACCACCAGGGCCAGAGGGAAUCCAAGGAGAGCCUGGGACCCAAAGGAGAUGGAAACAGUGUUCUUGGAACCACAUCAAUUCUGACACUGAUAAUGGACGAGUUCUGGAAUGCCCGUUUACCAAGGCUGCCUCAAACACAUCCCUCCGGGUUGUUUACAUGGGCAACCUUCACAUCUACGAUUGCACAAAGUGUUGCAUGAGAUGGUUUUUGACUUUCAACGACAUCGAAUGCAUGGCUCCCGCUGCUAUUGAUGCUGUUGUGUACCAGAGUGUCGACCUAAAUAUUCCUCGCCCCGCCAACAUAGAAGGCUACUGCACAGGAAUCGCCAAAGGCCUGGUGCGUGUUGGCUUGCACGUCGGUCAGUGCCAUGGUUUCGGUAUUUCCAACGCCCACACCGGCUGGAAUUCAGUAAGCAAGAUCAUUAUUGAGGAGAUUGAGCCCCCUUGGGACGCAAGGUAUUUUGAACUCUCUCUCUCAAGAAGGAUGGAUCGGAAAAAACUUUUGCAGACAUUUGCGCUGUCGUACCUCCUUUUUUUUCAGCUUGUGAUCGGCACAGAUGAACUAAAGGAAAGAGAGAUAAGGGAAAAAGGCUGUCCAGUAAAAGCAGGCCCAGCAGGUCGAGAUGGAUUACCGGGACGAGAUGGAGCACCAGGACGGGAUGGACUGCCGGGACGGGAUGGUGCACCUGGACCCAAGGGGGAAGUGGGACCACCAGGGCCAGCGGGAAUCCAAGGAGAGCCUGGGACCCAAAGGAGAUGGAAACAGUGUUUUUGGAACCACAUCAAUUCUGAGACUGAUAAUGGAAAAGUUCUGGAAUGUCCGUUCACCAAGGCUGCCCCAAACACAUACCUCCGUGUUGUUUACAUAGGCAACCUUCGCAUCGCCGGUUGCACAAACUGUUGCAUGAGAUGGUUUUUAACCUUCAACGACAUCGAAUGCAAGGCUCCCGCUGCUAUUGAUGCUGUUGUCUACCAGAAUGUCGACCUGAAUAUCCAUCGCCCCGCCAACGUAGAGGGCUACUGCACAGGAAUCGGCAAAGGCCUCGUGCGUGUUGGCCUGCACGUCGGUCAGUGCCAUGGUUUUGGUAUUUUCAACGCUUACACCGGCUGGAAUUCAGUAAGCAGGAUCGUUAUUGAAGAGAUUGAGCCUCCUGUUGCUUAAAUAGGCAGCAGUGCUCUUUCCACCCGCUAGUUCUUGAUUUAUCAUAGGGGCAGUCGAAUGUUGAAUUGUAACUGCCGGGUAGUUAGGCUCACUGUGUUAAGGGUGUCU